UCAAACUUUGUGCUAGGUGUAUAAGCAGAGUCUGCUAGUUUUCCGCUUUCGAUUUAACCCUCCCGUCUCAGGGUCAUUUUCCCUUUCGCUGGUACUGGUUCGGCAAAUUCACACUGUACCAUUCGGUCGCGAGUUGAACCGGUUGCGUUAAGGUACCGGCCGAUUUCGAGUGCUGGCAAUUUCUCUUGUAGCCCAGAGUGCUCUCACCUUGAUUCGAGUGUCAGUCACGGACAAAGCGGCUGACGGAUCAAACUGGCGACCAGCAUCCUUGGACGCUGCGAGGAUGUAAAUCGGUUCUGUGACCGUUCUUGGCUUUCGUGAAAAGGUGAAAACUAGCGUCGACAUUGGCUCAGUUGAAGCCGCAGUGUGUUCGCAUAAUCGGUUCAUCAAUCGUUCGUCGAUCGUCAUGUGCGAGUGUGGUGGAGAAUGUGCCGGCAGUACGGAAGCAGAUAAUAGGAGAGUGUUUUGAAAGCCCGUGUCACCCGAAAGAGAAGAUCAACACCUUGUCAACGGUCGGACGGAGUGCACUGCUCUGAUAUGGCCACCUUAGGCCUCUCGAAGGUUUUCAUAUUGGACAAGUAUUUCACGGAGCUCCAGAAGUUCUGGGAGACGGAGAAAAAGCUCCAAGAUGCUUCUUCGUCGAACGAGGCGGUGCACCUGCAGCAGCGUUUGAGGAGUUUAAGCACCGAGCUUGUAACCCUCAGAAAUCGACUUCACGUUGGGCAGCCCCCGAACUCGGGAAAAAGUCCUGAAAAAGGACACGGAGCCCCGGCGGUUCCUCCGAGGACGACUUUGCCCCCGCCACCGACGGCCGGAUCCCACGGGACGAGCCACCCUCUGACCGCGACGAGCAUCGGGCACCCCCACAACGCUCAUUCGGCAAAUAAUAAUAACAACAACAACAGCACCAACAACAAUAACAACAAUAAUAACAACAACAACAGCAACAACAAUAACAACAACAACACCGCUAACAAUAACAACACCCUUGGCCGGAGCUCCGCAACGAAUAAUGUCAUUUCCGGUUUGUGAAGAUUUAUUUUAUCACCGAUUGCUUUACAAUUUACAUUCCGGGGAUAAAUUUUUUUCCAUAGCUAUGUGCUCGGGGUAAUUUGCUUUGACGGUAGGCGGCUACUGGAAUUAACACGCUUCGCGAUUCCAUCGUUUCUGUAAUUAAAUCCCUCGAGCACGUGUUAUUUGAUAAAAUUGUAUCAUGAAAAAGUUAGUAUUUAACGAGUUCAAUUUCCAGAUAGAGAUUAUUAAUAAAAACGCGAAAUCUGUGAAGUGGUAUUUCAAAGAUUGAG